UACAUGAAGAGGCUGCCCACACUGUCUCUUUCCACACUGCACCCGGCCAUCAGGAAGCGCUUUUGGGCGGCAUACAGGCGAAGAUUUGAUACGAUCAAGAGGUGGCGGCAGGUGGACUGGCCUUCUGGGUGGCGCUGGUUCUUCCCAUCCCUCGUGGUCAUGAGAAGCAUGAUAGGCAGCAAGGUAUCACAGCGCAUCAAGGAGCAGUACCCCUGGGGGCGCUACCGCUGGCUAGACUCCCUCCUGGGCCUGCCUGUGAAGCGGGAGCGCCUGUUCCUCUCCCACCGCCUCGCCACCUCCCCUCUCUCCAACGCCCUGGGCUGCCUCGUGUUCCUGGGCACUCCCUUCUAUGUCAAGAAGUGGGAGCGCAAUGGCGUGCGCUGGCUCGUGCUGGCGACGGUGGCGAGUAUUGUCGUGAUGCUGGCUGUGAUGUGGGGCUAUGCCAUGCUCGUCUCCUUCGCCAUUCGCACCGCCAUUGCUCGUGAAAUCGUGGAAGCCCCCUACCUGACACCAUUAAUUGCAUCGGCGCUCAUUCUUGUCUUCGCCACCAUCAGUGUCAGCAUCGAGGUGUCCCGCAGCACUGCCUUCUACAGCGGAAACAUCUACCACUCGCCCGACUUUGAUUGGUCGCAUGCCAUGUCAGCACUGGUCGUCCACGCUGGCAAGCUGGAUGAGGCCAGCCUGGCACUCAGUUCCGAGCCUAUCGCCCGAGCCUAUGUCUUCCCGCACCUGGAGAACAUGCUGAAGCUGCCCUUCUGGAAGCCCCUCCCCCAGUUCCCACCUCACGACGCCGUGCCUCUAGACUGGCUCCUCUACUUCGCCUCCUUCGGCCGCAUCCUCCUCUGGAACAUCAUCUUCAUUCUCCCCGCACUCCUCAUCUCGUUACUGUCACACAUCGUGGCGCCGCUGGUGAUAGGCGCGGUGAGGAACGUGAUUGUGGUGAUCAGCUUCGGGCUCGCGCAGAACGAGCUCAGCUUCGCUCAUGUCUUCAUGGACGAGAUUCUCGACCUGGGGCUCUCCUCCCAACACGUGGAGCACUGGAACGUGCAGAAACUGCUGGCCCUUGCCAAGACGCGGUCGCUGCAGGGCGAGCUGAUGGCGGGGUAUGAGGAUGACACCUGUGACAUGGGGGAGGCGGUAUUUGAGGAGGGGUUACUCGGGGAAGGGUUAAUUGGUAAAGGGUUACCUGGGAAAGGGCUAGCUGGGACGGGGAUACCUGAGAAGUCGGGUUCUGGAAAAAAGGCUGAUGGGAGGGGAGGGGAGGGGAUGAAGGGGGAAGGAGGAGGAAAGGAUAAGGGUGUUGAAGAGAAUGGGGAGAUAGAUUCAGGAAGGGAACGGGAAGGGGAAGGGAAAGGGAAAGGGGGAGAUAGGAUGAAUGGGCGCGGGGUGCAGCAGGUAGGUGCUGCUGUGGGUGGGGCUGCUGUGGGUGGGUUGGGAUCUGCAGGGAACAAGGUGGCAGAGCGUGUGGGGGCAGCACCAGUAGCACCAGAGGAGGCACCAGCUGUAGCAGGCGGCACUGGGGAAGGGGAGGAAAAGGACAAAGAAAGCCGCUACCGCCCCAUUUUAGAGCCGUCUUUUAGUGCCUCUGCUGGCCAAUGGCAGCGCAGCGCUAGCAGGCUGCGGCGGCGAGUUACAUUCAAGAGCGCGAGGACACUUGGAGACGAUACCCGGGGAGAUGAAACCCGUGCAGAUGAAACCCAUGGAGAUGCACGAGGGGAAGGAUACCAAUCCAAACAGCCGGUAGGGACAGAGGAGAAGACCAGCAGGCCCAAGAACAAGGUGACUUUUGAGGCGCCUCAAAAGCUGACAGAGAAUGAGGAGCAAGAGAGCAGGACCAAGAACGGUGAUGCGUUCCAGAGAGGAGAGGACGAUGGGGGAGGUGAUAGCUCGGGGUAUGCAAUGGGGAGUGUGGAGGGUACGAUGGAGGGUAGAAAGCAUGGGGAGGAGCAACUACUGUACGAGUAUUUAUGGGACGAUAAGGAGCUGGAUGAGGCUGCUGCUAAGUGUCUUACUUACCAGUGUCUCGAGCCGGACAUAAAAAAGAUGUGGCGGAACCCGCGGCUAACACCGCAGGAGUUUGUUCGGCAGAUUAAGGAGCUAUGUGUGAUGAUUGAGGACAGGUUUAAGGAGCUGACGGGUAAGUUUGAUUUGAAUCACGGGGCGUAUUUUAGAGAUCCCCGGAUUCUAGGGGUUGUUGCGCAUUUUCUGGAGUUUCGGGAGCUUCCGGAGUGGUCUAAAGCGAUUGAUACUGAUGUGAUGCGAGCAGAGCACAUGGUGCAUUCGGGUUGA